UUAGUUAUUCAGAAUAAAAAUUACAUAUUACAAUUCAUUAAAACUUUUAGAGCUAAAUGGAGAACUGCCAACUGAUAACUUUUUUGUUGAUAAUUUCUUGUUUUAUAUUUAACAAAGCAAAUGAAAAAACAAAUUCGGAUAAUGAAAAUAUAUGCCAAUAUGAAAAUGAUACUACGACAUUAGCGGCUGUAAAUGGUAACUUAGAAUCAUUAAAUUUAGCUAACGACAGUAGAUGUGAUUGGGAUAAACAUACAAUUGUUGAAGACGCAACAAAUAAGCAUUUAAAAUAUUUAAAGUAUGCAAAAAAAAAUGGAAUUGAUUGGGAUGUAGAUACAACAAGAAUUGCUGCUGCUAAUGGACAAUUAGAAUGCUUAAUAUAUGCUCAUGAAAAUGGAUGCCCCUGGAGUGAUGGAACAAUUUUAGCUGCUGUAAUAAAUGAUAAAUUAAAUUGUUUAAUAUAUGCACAAAAAAAUGGAUGUCCAUGGGAUAAAGGAACGACAAUUGAAGCAGCUAAUAAAUGUAAUUUAGAUAGCUUAAAAUAUGCUCACGAAAAUGGAUGUGAUUGGGAUGAAGGCACAACUAGGGCUGCUGCAGCAAAAGGCUGUAUUGAUGGUUUAAUAUAUGCCCACAAAAAUGGUUGUGAAUGGGAUGAGUCCACGACUAGAGCUGCUGCAGCGAGCGGCUGUUUAGACUGCUUAAUAUAUGCGCAUGAAAAUGGAUGUCCAUGGAAUGAAAGCACUACAGAAGCAGCUGCAGAAUAUGGUAAUUUAAAAUGUUUAAUAUAUGCUCACGAAAAUGAAUGUCCAUGGAAUGAAAAUAUAACAAAAGUUGCUGCAGCAAAUGGAAAUUUAGAAUGUUUAAAAUAUGUUCAUAAAAAUGGCUGUAAAUGGGAUAAGGAUACUACAAAGAAAGCUGCAGAAAAUGGGCAUUUAAAAUGUUUAAAAUAUCUAAAUGAAAAUGGAUGUCCGUGGGAUGAUAAAACAACAAGAGCUGCUGCUGACAGCGGACAUUUAGAAUGCUUAAAAUAUGCACACGAAAAUGGUUGCCCAUGGGAUGAAUAUACACCAAGAUUAGCUACUUAUAAAAAUUCUAUAGAAUGUUUAAAAUAUGCCCAUCAAAAUGGAUGUCCAUGGGAUGAAAAUACAACAAGAGUUGCUGCUGCAAAUGGGCAUUUAGAUUGUUUAAAAUAUGCACAUGAAAAUGGUUGUCCAUGGGAUGAAACUACAACCAUAGCGGCUGUAUUUUUUGAUAAUAUGGAAUGCUUAAUAUAUGCUAAUGUAAAUGGGUGUAAAUGGGAUAAGCAAUCAAUAAAAGAUGCUGUUGAAAUUGGCCAUUUGGGAUAUUUAAAAUAUGCGCACGAGAAUGGAUGUGAAUGGCAUGAAGAUACAACCAGAAUUGCUGCUGAAAAUGGGCAUAUAGAUUGCUUAAAAUAUGCUUAUGAAAACGGUUGUCCAUGGCAUACAAACACAGCAACAGAUGCUGCACAAAAUGGUAAAUUAGAUUGCUUAAAAUAUGCCCAUGAAAAUGGCGCUCCAUGGGAUGAUAAAACAACAAGGGCUGCUGCUGAACAUGGGCACUUCGAAUGUUUAAAAUAUGCACAUGAAAAUGGAUGCGAGUGGGAUGAAUAUACGCCAAGGAGAGCUACAUUUAAAAAUUCUAUGGAAUGUUUAAAAUAUGCACACGAAAAUGGAUGUCCAUGGGAUGAAAAUACAACAAGAGUAGCCGCUGCAAAUGGGCAUUUAGAAUGUUUAGUAUAUGCACAUGAAAAUGGUUGUCCAUGGGAUGAAUCUACGACAUAUGCAGCUUUAUAUUGGAAUAAUAUAGAAUGCUUAUUAUAUGCUAAUAUAAAUGGAUGUAAAUGGGAUGCAGACUCAAUAAUGGUUGCUGCUGAAAGGGGGCAUUUAGAAUACUUAAAAUAUGCUCAUGAAAGUGGCGCUCCAUGGCAUAAUGAGACAACAGUAGUUGCUGCUACAAAUGGUCAUUUAGAUUGUUUAAAAUAUGCACACGAGAACGGAUGUCCAUGGAAUGAAGAAACAACAAUGGCUGCUGCUAAAAAUGGCAAUUUUGAUUGCUUAAAAUAUGCUCUUGAAAAAGGUUGUGAAUGCGAUAAAAUAAUAAUGAAGGAUGCUAUUGAAAAUAACAAUUUGGAAUAUUUAAAAUGUGGAUACGAAAAUGGAUGUGGUUUUUAUGAAGAUACAACAACAAUUGCUGCUCAAAACGGGUAUUUAGAAUGCUUAAAAUAUGCCCAUGAAAAUGGCGCUCCAUGGGAUGAUAAAACAACAAGGGCUGCUGCUGAACAUGGGCACUUCGAAUGUUUAAAAUAUGCACAUGAAAAUGGAUGCGAGUGGGAUGAAUAUACGCCAAGGAGAGCUACAUUUAAAAAUUCUAUGGAAUGUUUAAAAUAUGCACACGAAAAUGGAUGUCCAUGGGAUGAAAAUACAACAAGAGUAGCCGCUGCAAAUGGGCAUUUAGAAUGUUUAGUAUAUGCACAUGAAAAUGGUUGUCCAUGGGAUGAAUCUACGACAUAUGCAGCUUUAUAUUGGAAUAAUAUAGAAUGCUUAUUAUAUGCUAAUAUAAAUGGAUGUAAAUGGGAUGCAGACUCAAUAAUGGUUGCUGCUGAAAGGGGGCAUUUAGAAUACUUAAAAUAUGCUCAUAAAAGUGGCGCUCCAUGGCAUAAUGAGACAACAGUAGUUGCUGCUACAAAUGGUCAUUUAGAUUGUUUAAAAUAUGCACACGAGAACGGAUGUCCAUGGGAUCAACGUACAACUAGAGGUGCUGCUGCAAGUGGCUUUUUAGACUGCUUAAGGUAUGCUCAUGAAAAUGGAUGUGAUUUGGAUGAUGUUAUAAUAGUUAUAACUGCUAUGAAUGGUAAUCUAGAUUGUUUAAAAUAUGCCCAUGAACAUGGUUGUAGUUGGGUUAAAGGUACGACGAGAAUAGCUGCUGCAAAUCGACAUUCAGACUGCCUAAAAUAUGCUUGUAAAAAUGGUUGUGAAUGGGACGAAGGUACGACAAGGGAAGCAGCUGCAAGUGGUUGUAUUAACUGUUUGAUAUUUGCACAUGAAAAUGGUUAUAAAUGGGAUGUAGGGACAAAGAGUGGAGCUGCUGCAAAUGGCUAUUUUGACUGCUUAAAAUAUGCUCAUGAAAAUGGAUGUGAUUGGGACGAAAGCACAACUAAGCUUUGUGCUACCUAUGGCCAAUUUAAUUGCUUAAAAUACGCACAUGAAAAUAAUUGUCCAUGGAAUAAAUAUACUAUCGAAGAAGCCAUUCAAAAGGGUUAUACUAAUAUAUUGAACUAUGCUAUAGAAAAUGGCUGUCAAAUUGUAUGAUAGGUAACCAAGAGUGGACACACUAUUUAAUUUGACAAAGUCAAAAUACUGAAUCAAGAAGCUCAUUUUGGUAAGCAUAUGUACAAAGAAGCAAUAGAAAUCGAGAAAUGUCCAAAAAAUUACAACAGAAAAGGUGAAUGGACUAUAAGCAAUUUUUGGUUUCAUAUCAUACACCAGGCAAAAAGAAAAUAAAUAUUUUUAGUUUAAAAUUAUUA